CUGCUUCUGUGGUUGAACGCGAAAUAAAAAAUGGCGGAUCCGUGUAUUGUUAUUACGUGUAGACGAUAGUGGUGAUUUGUAUCUUGGCAGACGAAUGUAUGUACGAGACAUCGCGAUCUCGCUUGAAGAAACGUUUCGGUCGGGCGUCUUGGCCGCGUCGCAAACGCGAGACGGCGCUCGUGAUACGAAACUCGGAGGAAUCUGGUGGUGUCACAACGGUGUAAAUAGCAAUAUACCUGCCUACCGAAUUCUUUUGACGUUACGGUGCUAUUGGCUGUCCCUUUCUCGCUGCAAAGAUAGGAAAGAUGAGUCGCAGAUUCAUCAGGCGGCACAAACGAGCGAGAUAUUUUUGAUAACGUUCUCGUUACCCUCUGUAAUGUAAAGCAGAUAACGUGGAUGCUCGGCCACCGUGAGUACGUGCGCGUUACUUGUGCCUGACGGAGUACCCGAUUUCGUUGUUCAUCAUGGUGCACGGUAACAUACCGAAUGCAUACAAAUACAACUUCUGGGCAGAACGGCCCGGAGACGUACAAGAGCCUACGAUAGUGGAGCUCACAUGCCUGAUGCCAAAUGGUGUCGUUAUACCAUUUGAGAUCAACCGCAAUAUUACUCUAGAUCAGAUCAAGGAGGAUCUUUGGGAUGAGGCUAGUAAAUAUCCCCUUCACGGUACAUUGAAGGAUGCGCCGUCGUAUGUAUUCUCGUGCAUCAACUCGAACGCAGAGAUAGAAGAACUGCGAGAUGAAACGAGACGCCUCUGUGAUAUAAAACCCUUUUGUUCAGUGUUAAAAGUUAUAGAACGCGAAGGUAUAAAAAGCGAUAGGAACUUAGACUCCCAAAUUGGUGUCUUAAUCGGCAAGGGAUUGCACGAGUUCGCCGCCUUAAAGAAUUCCGAGGUCAACGACUUCAGAUGGAAAAUGCGACUGUUGGGAGAUGACGUGGCGCUAACUAGGCAAAAGAAUUGCUGGAUGGAAAAAGUGCAUUAUCAAUUUCCUUCGAGAAUAGCGCCAUCACCAAUUAUACCUAAAAACAUUGAGAAUCGUUUAAAAGAUGGAAAUAUUGUUCUGGUUACUAAAUUCGAAAAAUCGGAGACUGCGUUUACUUUUCAAAUAUCGCAUACUACUACACCGCCUGAAUUGCUCGAAAUAAUUUUGAAUAAAAGAGCAAACACUCUUAAUACUCGAGGCGAACAGCCCAACGACUUUAUGCUUAAGAUUUGCGGACAAGAAGAGUAUCUGAUUGGUGAUAAAAUUCCGUUGGUACAAUUCAGCUACAUACAAGAUUGUCUAGCAAAGGAUAUCACGCCAACGUUGGUUACGCUCAGCAAACAGAGCGUACCAGUGGACCAAGAUAACGCUUACGACAAUCCAGAUGUGGACACGUUGCAACGUACGAAGCCGUCGUCCUCUACGCUAACGUUACGCAAAAAGGGCAAGCAUAUUUCCGCGUUGAAGCUCGAGGAAUCUUUUGUUUUCACUGUAAAUGCAAUUUCUCGACUUAAUAGCGAUGCCGCUCAUCGUACUGUAGAGAUCGGUCUGCAAGCUGGCCUCUUUCAUGGUGGAAAAUCCCUCUGCGAAAGUCAAAAAACCAAAGAAAUUAUCGUAAGUCCUGAUGGUAGUUGCGAGUGGGAAGAGACACUGAAAUUCGACAUUAAAGUCAGAGAUAUACCGCGGAUGGCACGGCUGUGCUUCGUGUUAUACGAAAUCAGCAAAACUGCGAAAGGUUUAAAGAGCAGAAAACUGGUUAAGGACUCGAAGCAGGAGUUAUUCAUAAAUCCUUUGUGCUGGGCAAAUACGACGAUAUACGACUUCAAGUCCCAGUUAAAGACAGGUGCAAUGACAUUGUAUACGUGGACGUAUGCGGAAGAUAUGCAAAACGACGAUCUACUUCAUCCCCUAGGGACGGUAGUGUCCAAUCCGCACAUAGAUAGAGCCGCUGCUCUCAUGCUAACAUUUCCGAAUUAUGGUAAAGAUCAGUGUGUUCUCUAUCCUACACCGGAAAAAAUGGUUGAGUAUGCUCAAACGUUACGGGAACAAUGUAACGAACGUUCAAUCAAAGAGGAAUUAAAUCAAGAGUCUGACGUCAGUCAACAGUUGGAGCAAUUAAGAUUACUAGCUGAUAGGGAUCCGCUGCAUGAAUUACACGAACAAGAAAAGAAGACGAUGUGGGCGUUGAGGCAUCAUUGUCUUCGUGAAAUUCCAACGCUUUUGGCCAAGCUGUUGCAAUGCGUAGAGUGGAACGAUCAUAAAGAAGUCGCGGAAGCCACAGCGCUUAUACAGCAAUGGCCGAAGUUACCGGUAGAGAAGGCUUUGGAGCUGCUGGACUAUGCUUACGCCGAUCAAAACAUCAGAAAUUUCGCGGUUUGGUGUCUAAGAGACGUCACUGACGAUGAUCUCAGUCUUUACCUGCUACAGUUGGCUCAAGCCUUAAAACAUGAGAAUUAUCUAACCUGUCCUCUGACCGAGUUUUUAUUAAAUCGAGCACUUCAGAACCAGAGGAUAGGGCACUAUCUAUUCUGGCACCUCAGGUCGGAGAUGCAGGUUGGCGCUGUGUCCGUUCGCUUCGGUCUUAUACUGGAGGCUUACUGCAGAGGAAGUCAACAACACAUGCGAUCAUUAUUCAAGCAGAUGAAGUGUCUGGAUAAAUUGAAGAGCGUCUCGGAACAAAUAAAGCAAAGGAAGGAUCGUAAGGCGGCCCUUCAGGGCUUUCAGGACUUUAUUCAGGAGCCACACUGCCAAGAGGCAAUAUCUGACGUCCUUAAUCCUCUUGAUCCGAGUUUCAGGUGGAAUCAUAUCAAGAUCGAAAAGUGUCGACUGAUGGACAGUAAGAUGCGGCCACUUUGGCUAGUUUUUGAGAACAAUGAUCCUUUCGGCGACGAUAUUUAUUUGAUACUUAAGCACGGGGAUGAUUUGAGGCAGGACAUGCUGACACUACAGAUGCUACGUAUCAUGGAUAAGCUCUGGAAGAAGGAGGGUUUAGACUUACGCAUGAAUCCGUACGGUUGUAUCUCUACGGAGAAUAGAGUCGGAAUGAUAGAGGUAGUGUUAAACGCGGAGACAAUCGCAAACAUUCAGAAGGAAAAGGGCACGUUCUCCGCCACGGCAGCCUUCAGGAGAGGUUCUUUGCUGGCCUGGCUGAAAGAUCACAAUCACACGGAAGCGGCCUUGAAUAAAGCCAUUGAGGAAUUCACUUUGAGUUGCGCGGGUUAUUGUGUCGCAACGUACGUUCUCGGGAUAGCCGAUAGACACUCUGACAAUAUAAUGGUCAAAAAGACCGGACAAUUAUUUCAUGUCGAUUUUGGCCACAUCUUGGGCCACUUCAAGGAGAAAUUCGGAUUCAGACGCGAACGAGUACCUUUCGUAUUGACCAAUGAUUUUGUCCACGUUAUAAAUAAGGGCCAAACGAAAAAGGGGCAGGCCGCGGAAUUUCAGAGAUUUCAGAAUCACUGCGAACAAGCCUUUCUAAUUCUACGCCAGCACGGUGGACUUAUACUGUCUCUGUUCGCUAUGAUGAUAUCUACUGGACUGCCUGAGCUUUCAUCAGAGAAAGAUCUGAAUUAUCUUAGGGAUACAUUGGUCCUAGAAAUGUCCGAGAGCGAGGCACAAAAGCACUUUAGGAGCAAAUUCGACGAGGCCCUUUGCAACUCGUGGAAAACGUCGUUGAAUUGGGCGUCGCACAAUAUGUCCAAGAAUAACAAGACUACGUGAACAGUGACAAUCGCGCAGCGCGACUCAUUUCCGAAUUAAGGGACGGAGUGCACUUAAAAAUGCAAUCAUAACGUGGCGUAAUCGAAUAUGCCACGUUACCAAUGUUGAAAUGUAUGCUCCGAUGUAUUUGACGAGCACGUAGCGACGGGCCGUUUGCCUGUUAAUUAGUAGACUAUGAUACGGUUGUAGGACAGACUAGAAACGAAAGCUGCCACUUUCCCCGUGACAUUGUCGUCGCGGUUGGAAAUCAGCAACUAUAACCAGUAUACAAUUGAGACUGUUUAAGACGCGAUCAUGCUGUUGCUAAGUAUCAGCGGACAUCGCACUCGUACUGUCAAGAGGUGGUCUAGAAUCGUCGCUCAAGACUCAAAUUUAUAGAUGUAGGAUAGGCUCGUACAUUUUUAAAGCUCUAUCCUAUACGCAACGCAAGCAGUCGGUGCUUAUGUUCGGUAGUAGAUAUUUUAAAUGAAUGAACGUACGGUACGUACCUAUAUCAUUGGACAAGAUUUUUUAUUAAGUUUUACUUAGUUGAAACUUAGUUUAAGACGGCACUCGUGCAGAAUUGCCUCGAUCGAUCCUGAAUCACGAUCGUGAAUUUUCGUGAAGCUGUUUCAAGUUUCCAUUCAUCUCCAUCUCGAAUAAAUCUCGUCAAGUCGAGUGUCAUUCUCGAAAGAUUUAUAUAUCACCGUAUAUGUCAAAAAGCCUGUAAUAAUAUGCGUGUGAAUGUAAGCAAAUAUAGGCUUGCAACGAAAUACGUCGUAAAAAUCUUUACUAUUCUCGUUGCUAUAAAUAAAUCGAUUUAUACUUGUAUUUGUAUGUAGUAGAGAUUUUUUGUUACGUUUGAUUCAUCAAGUAUGAUACGGAGGAACAUGCCGCGCAACGUUAUUUAAUUCGAAAAGACUUUGAAACAUUCUGACAAUUGCUUCGAUAAUGGAUGAUAUGGUCGAUUUCAUACCAUUAGCAAUGACAGUGUGAUAACUGAAAGCAAUAUCUAUUUUGCAAAACUACACACAAGAGCAACACCGAUAAAACUAUCAUGAUUACAUUAUCAACUUGGGGCAAUUGUGACGGAAAUAACGAUUAUUCUGUUUAAUUGCAAACACCACCAUGUAAGAACCUGUAAAUGAAUUGCGUAAGCGUGCACUGCCGAUUGAAAACCACUUACGUGGCGUACGUCUACGAAGUUCAAUUUUUGUUUUUUAAAAAAAAAGUAAUGAUACUCCGAUAUUGGUGACAAGCCAAACUUCCCAAGUUUAUUAUCACGCGUAGUAUCGAGUUUGAAGUACCACGGUUAUAUAUAUAUUACACUGUACGGUAUACAUAUACUAUAUAUGCGAGAGAUAUAUAUUUUGAUAAAUAUACCGCAAUCCACACAUGUUAGCAAUAGUUAAAUCAGUAGAUCCAUUCAUACUUCAGCGCUGUUCAACACACGAUAAGACCGCUACGCUUUUCUGAAACGGCUCUAAAAUGCACGACCAUAACGCGCGUACGCUCCUCACAAUGUAAGAUAAGAUAAUGAUCUCUAAUACACUAGACAAAAAAAAUAAAUAAUAUUUCAGACUGCGUCGUUGUCGCAUAUUCAUAUCAUCAUCCUCUAGCCUAGUACGUCAUAUCGAAAUUGUUCGAUGAACGCAAGGACACUUACACGCAUAAAGUUAUAUAUAUAAUACACCGUGUAUGUACACCGUGAAAUCUCCUGGCGACUUUUUAUUUCACUCGUAUUAGGUGUUAAUCGUGCGAAUAGAUUUGCGAGACCCCAGACCAGAGCAUAGAUAGGGCUGCAACGUGCUGCAGCAGGGACCGACGGAUGGAGAGGGGCAUUCGUCCGACCGAUCCACACACCUGUAUAUCAUGCACACACGUACUGUUUCGCACUGUAUAACAUAGACGUUUCCCUCAUCUGUUCUCUCGCGUCGUGUGCAGGUGUACACACGCGAUACCGCAAUCUCGAGGAAAAGGAACCGAGUUGUUCCCUCGGAGUGCUUAGUGAUAGAUCGUUUCAGGCAAUAAUCGCGCCGUUUUCGUACCGCCACUUUCCUCCCGUGAUUGAAUAACUCUUUUCUUUCUUUUCUCUUUUUUUUUCGUAACUAAAUACUAAAAUAUGUAAUUUUAUACAACGUACAUAUACGUCUGUAUCAGUUAUUAUCUGUUGUAAAUAAAGUCGAUUUUGAAACCU